AUGGCCCUAUGGCCACUGGAGAGGAGGCGGACCUGCAACGCCGCCGCCGGCGGGAGGCAGAAACCCAAGCUUUUUUUUUUUGUACCUCACAAGCAUACGGCACCUCCAGAGCCAAGGCAUUCAGCGCGCAUGGUGCUCUCCACCGUCCUGCUCGCGGCAGGCAUCACGCUGAUGCUCGUCGUGCACAUCCUCGUGGUCCUCUGGGUGCUGAGGCGGGGCAUGACCGCCCGCGUCGCCGAGCACGCGGAAGAAGACGCAGGCCUUACUGCCGAAGAGCUCGGCGAGCUGCCAUGCCACGACUUCAAAGAAGGCGGCGCCGGCGAGUGCGCGGUGUGCCUGGAGGCCUUCAACGCCGGCGAACGUUGCAUGGUGCUGCCGCGGUGCGAGCACGGGUUCCACGCCGAGUGCGUCGGCUCGUGGCUGCGCAAGAGCCGCCUGUGCCCCAUCUGCCGCGCCGAGGUGGCCGGCGCAGUGGCCGCCGAGGUCGUCGUGGAGGUCGCUGCUGCCUGAUGCCCGUCGUUGGGUAGUUGGAUGCAGUGUUCGCGGGUGUUUGGUAGGUUCUCUUCUGUAAAUGAGUGGUAAAACAGCGUUUCUGCAUUUGUGAUGUAUAUAUAGCCAUCGUGUUUUUUUA